AGACUAUAACUACUGCAAAACUGUAUGGUGACAAAAUGAGGAGUCUGAAAUCUCAAUUAGAAGCUUACCGAGAGCUGAUGAACAAGAACAGCCAAUACUGGCAAAAUAUAGCUAAGAGCCUCAGGGAAAGUAAUAAUCAACUGAGCCAAGAGAAGGAAGAUCUUCUUCACCAAAUGAAACAACAAACAGAGAAAUGGGAAGAAAAAAAGGUCUGGAUCCUUGAAAAUCUGUCUAAAAAAAUCAGUCAUCUUUACACCCAGCAUACACUGACUUUGCAGGAAUUUCAUAACAUCAGUCUAUAUGUGGGAAGAGUGUCAGACCUUGUGGAUUUCCAGAUCAAAAUUCUUCAGCAAAAAUCUGAAAAGACCAAAGUAGAAAAAGCAGAUGUGCCCAUUUUAAAAUCAAAAGCAGAACAAGUAGCUAAUAAAGAAAUGUCUGAAAGCUCAGUGGAAAUGGGACCUCUUUGUCAAGCACAUACCAUCCUGCAAAAGAUACAGGAGUCUUUAUGGAAACAAGAAAGAGACGUUACUGAGCUACUAGAAAGUGAAAGAAGAUAUAACAGAGCAAUGAAACCUCAAAUUACAGUCCUAGUAUUCUUGAAAAAUCUUGCCAAGAAGGUUCACACCAUAUACUGUGAUGUCCCUGAGGCACAACAGUACAUCAAUCAGCUUGUCAGGGAGAACGAGGUUGAAAGGGCUGAUUGGAAAGAAGCCUUUAAUAACGCUCAGGCUGACAUUUUGUCCUACGAGGUAUCUUAUGGAAAUGAACCUAUAGAUGACAAAAGUGACAGGACACAGAUCUCAACAAAGCUUUUCAGAAAUCUUGGGAGAGCAAAGUCUGAACUAGAAUUUGUUGAAACAGAGAAGACAGUUUUUGAUUGUAUUCAGACAGGGGAAAUCCCCAACUGGAUUAAAAGGGAUUGUCUUUAUGUAGCCUUGGCAGGUGAGAAAUCCUUUCAUCAAUUCAGAGAUGGCUAAUUAUCCUCUGCCAACUUAAUUUUUGAUAUAAGAAAACAGAGUACAGCAGUAGCAUUUAAAUUCAUAUUUCAGUAAUGCCAUAUAAUAUCCCAUGAAACACCUCCAGUUAUAUUUAUUUUAAUUAAUUACUAUACAAAUUUAUAAGACUGGGUGUUUUCAUACUUGUUCCCCUUUGCUCAUUUUUUCUUAGGUGUCUUUAUCAUUUUAAAAUUGUAUGUAUUGUGUACAAUGUGUCUAUCUAUUUCAGUGUGUGUUCAAGGUAGACAGAUCCAGAAGACCCUCUAGCUUGAUAGUCGUGCAUUGAACACAAUGGGAAUUACAGAACUCAGAGGAUAGUAUCCACUACUGAAAAAUCUUACAAAAUAUCCACCGUGUGAAUUUAAUACAUUAGGCUCUUCUGAGAAGAAAUAACUUUCCAAUAUUUUGCUUGUUUUUUUUAUGAUUUUGCAACACACAAUGUGGUUUAGUGGUCUAGACAGGGAAAGAGGAACAGCUAUGAUUACUAUUCUAUUUGAAGAAUUAUUAUGUCUAAUUUAAUGUAUUUACUGUGAUAUGUGUUUGUCAUACAUAACUGCACAAUUACCGGAACUGCCUAGAAGACCAUAAUGAUAUAUGUUCUAAAGAAACAAGUCAGCAUUCAGAGGAAAUCAUGCAAAAGUUUGAAAUGGAAAUGAAGGUGAUCAAGAAAACAAUGGAACAGUAAAAAAACACACUAACAAUGGAACAAAUCUCCUGUUUUAAAGGGGGACAUUGGAUUGACAUCUUGGAUAAUAGAAGCACUUUCUACAGUAGCUUUGUGAUAAAAAAUGAAUCGGAAGAACUUCAAGCCCACUAUUCACUCUCAAGAAACUUUUGUAGGAGUUUAAGUGUUUUGAAAUUUCUAGUCACUUUAAGAAAUAUUUUGAAGACAUCUUUAAAAACAAAACAACAAAACACACAUACACACACAGGCCCCCAUUAUUAUAUCCUGAAAGAGUAUGACUGAAAGAAAGGGCCUAGAUGCUUUAUUUAAGCAGACAAAGAUCUGUUUGUAAGUGGAUGGGAUUAAUCUCACUAAACUUCCAAUGUCUAAAAUUUUUCAUCUAACAUGUAUCUAUAAGAAUAUAGAGAUGGCUCCAAGCUGUAUUUUUCCCCAGAGCACAAACAGCUCUGUCCCAUGGAGAGUAGGCUUGGGGUGAACUGCUGUUUGGGUGUUAAAAUUUUAAUAAUAAGCAUGACCUGUCCAGAUGAAACUAGGAAAACAACAAAAUAACUUUUUGUGUUGGGCUUUUGUUACUAUUUUUUCAAGUAAAACACGUACUCUUAGCUUUAAAUAUUUUGGACAAAGAAAAGCACAUUUGUACACAAAAGGAAAAUUGUGUUGCUUUUUAAAGACCUUGCUGAAAGAUGCAUGGCCAGCUAGUAACACUCAUUGUAGUAGACCACCAUUCCACAUGAAAGUCUUCAGGGAAGUCCCAGACAGACUACUUUUCUUUGUCCUUCCCUUUUUAAAGUAAUUAGAUAGUAGGGACACUGUUUUAAUUUUUUUCAUAAUAAAAUAAAGGGAACAAAUCACAGUGGACCACACUAUAUCUGACAGAUCAUGUUAUAGCGCAGCUGUGAAUUUUGUAUAUGUGUAUAUGGGUUGAGUUGAAAGUGUAAACCAGCAGAUGCUUUUAUGUAUUGAUGUCAGGGUUAUAAGAUUCUUGUUAUUGGUAUUCCACAUCAUAACAUCAUGUAAAGCACUGAAAGUUAAAGAGUUGAUGCACCACUUCCAUGAACUGCUGAUUUUCCAGGUACCUGGUUCUCAGAAGGGAAAAAGAACUACAUACCCCAGAGGACUUUGCAUUCAGAGGGAAAGAUAAAACUCCUCGCAAGUCAUGAAACCAUGGAAUCACCAGGUUCCAACCCCUACUAGAUCAAGUACUAGACCAGGUUGCCCAGGACCUCAUCGAACCUGGUGUUGAACACCUCCAGGAAUGGGGCAUUCACAACCUCUCUGGGCAACAUGUUCCAGCACCUCACCAUAUUCUCAGUGAAAAAUUUCUUCCAACAUCUAGUCUAAAUCUCCCCUCUUUUAGUUUAAAACCAUCCUCCCUUGUCCUAUCACAACCUACCCCUGUAAGAAGUUGAUUACCUCCUGUUUACAAUUUCCCUUUAAAUUUUGGAAGGCCAUAAUAGGGUCCCCCUGCAGCUUUCUCCUCUCCAGAUUGAACAAGCUCAGUUCCCACACCCAGUCUUUGUGCCCCUUCUCUGGAACCUCUCCAAAAUCUAUCAUCUUUCCUGCUCUGCACCAGACCUGGAUGCAAUACAACUGCUGCCUUGUGAGGGCACAGUAGAGAGGGGUAGUCACCUCCCUCACCAUGCUGGCCACUCCUCCUCUGAUGCAGCCCAUGACACCAUUGGCCUUCCAGACUACAAGUGCACACUGCUGGCCCAUGUUAAGUUUUUCAUCUACCAGAAUCCCCCCUUGUCAGAAGGGCUACUGAUAUAUUCUUCCAGUCUGUAUACAUACCUGUGAUUACCCCAGCCCACGUCCAACACUUCACACUUUGCUUUGUUGAAUCUCAUCAGGUUCACAUGUGCUCACCCUCCGGGUUUAUCAAGGUCCCUCUGGAUGGCAUCUCUUCCUUUUGCUGUAUCAACUGCACCACUCAGCUCGGUAUCAGCACACUUGCUGAGAGUGCACUCAAUCCCAUCAUCUAUGUCAUGGAUAAAGGAGUUACUGAGACAAGCCCCUGGUGGACACCACACAUCACUGGCUUCCACCUGCACACAGAAGCACUGACCACAACCCUCUAGCUGCAACUUUCCAACCAAUUCCUUAUCCACCAAAUACUAAACCCUUCAAAUCUGUAUCUCUCCCAUUUAGAGAUUAUGCUGUGGUGCAGGACCAUGUCAAGUGAUUUGCAGAAGUCCAGGUAGAUGACCUUCCCUUUGUCCUCCCCUAAUCACAGUGCCCUCACUGAAUCAUAGAAGGUCACCACACUCGUUGGCAUGAUCUGCCCUUGGUGAAGUCAUGCUGGCUGUCUUGAAUCAUUUGCUCACCCCUCACGUGCCUUAAAUAUAUCUUCUAGGAUAAUCUGUUCCAUGAUCUUCCCAGGCACACAGGUGAGGCUUACCGGCCUGUAGUUCCCUGGGACCUCCUUCCUCCUUUUCUCAUAAGUGAGAGAAAUGUUUCCUUUUUUCCAUGCCCUGGAGACUUUCAGCAGCAUCAGGCAACUCUCUCAGGACCCAAGGAUGCAUGUUGUUCGAUUCCAUAGACUUGUACACAUUCAGUCUCAUGAGGGGGUCUUGGACUUAUAGUCCUGACCUUAUAGUGUGGGGCAAUUUGCUCCUCCAGUUCCCACCAUGAGUUUCAGGAAUGUGAAUUUCAGGGAAGUGAGAAAUAUGAGAAUCCUGACUGCCAGAUAAGACUGAAGCAAAGAACUCAUUGAAUACCUCAGCCUUCUCCAUAUCUGCUGUAGCCAGUUCUCCUCUCUUGUUUAGCAGAAAAGGUAUGCAUUCUUUGGUCUUUCUCUUAUGAUCAAUGUUGGUCUUUCUCUUAUGAUCAAACUCCUUCUCGGUGUUUCUAUCAGCUCUCAGGAGGUUCAGUUCCAUUCCAUCUGUGUCUUUGCUUAACUAAUUCCAUCUCUGCAUGUUUGGACAGCAUCCCUGUAUUCCUCCCAGGUGAAACAUCCUUGUUUCCACUGCUUGUACAUGCCCUUCUUUUCCUUCAGUUUGACCAACAGGCAGUUGGUCAAACUGAAGGAAACAGUUUCCUGCCUCCCUUGCCUGUUUUCCUAGCUCCAAAACAGCAUAGAAAAGUACAAAUUCUAAGUGUGUUUUAGAUUACAUACAUUACUUGAAUUAUUUUAAAGUAUUCUGAAUAAUCUGUUCUUACAAUGUUAGUCUAUUCUUAAUCAAGUGUUAUUAUUAUGCUGCAUUAGUGAAAAACAUUUUUUUUCAUUAUAUAUCACUUCAUAUGCUGGUUCUCUCCAUUAUAGCUUGAGCCAUUACAGAUUUCCAAAACAUGACUCAUAGUCAAUUUACUCUCUGAGAUAUUUUUCACUGCAAGACCCUUACAACUUGUGGGGAGGUAAUCUUGAGUAGAGACUUAACAGCACCCAGUAGACGAAGCUGGUCACAAACUCUUGAACAUGCGUUUCUAUCAGCUACAUGCAUUCAGUAAGAAGAUCCGGUAUAUUAUAAAAACAUGCUCAGGAGAAAGCUGUCAUCUUCUAGCGAGAUAAACAGAAUUUACUUUCCUAAAGAAAGCCCACAGUGACUGCAACUGUGUGGAUGAGUUGCUCUAAUGAAAGGUACCAUCUUUUCCUGCAAUCCUUGCUUUUCUUGACUCAUUAAAGACCACAACAACUAUAAGACCUACCACUAUUCAGACAUGGUUUGCUAUUCCUUGUCACCUAGUUCUGAAUUGAUGUAGCCAGUACACAUUCAAACCAAAAAAGCCUUAUCUUUCCUUAUGUAAAGUAUUUCUCAAUUUUCUGGUUCUUCUCUAUCUCAUUUGAAAGUUACCAUUUAAAAUUCCUCUGUGUAAAAGGAGGAAAUAUUCAGCUCUUUCUAGAAAACAAAAAAUAUUACCUCCUCCUCCAUGGUAUAACUCUUCAAGAAAUUAGUUACUUUUAUGGUUCUAUUUUCAGUUCUGACAUGUAUUGAAGUAAGUAGUUCAAAACCAGCUCUAUCAUACUCCCACUUGGGCAACUCUUCAUUCCAGAUUCUAGGAAACACUUUCAUGAAUAACACCUGUUAUACUUCGCUUUUCAGAAAGAGUCUACUGCUCCACACUACACACAGAUUUGAUGUAGUUCUGCAUAGAUUUGUUGGCCCAAAACUUAUAUCUCGUAUCUGUGUGAAAGGGAAUGUGAGCUCAGGAAUUACUGUACAUGCAAAUAAUGGCAUCUUUUUUGCUGUUCUGCCUCAGACAAGAAUGUAGCCCAAUGUUCUGAAAAAACUUCAAUUGCUCAACUGAGUAUUUUCCUUUUCAGGUUUCUAUUAAUACUCUGCUCUUUCCUUGCAAGUGCAUUUUCCCAAUGAAUGAAGCCAAUUGGUAAAAUAAAUGUACCAAUUUCAUCAAAAAGGUGAAAAAUAUUCUGAGAAAUGUCAAAUUUCUUAAAUCAUUUAUAGGGAAGUAUUCCUACUCCUGAAUUUUGAACAAAGAAUUAUCCUUUUCCUUUACAUUGUUCAAAAUACUGCCAUCAUUAAUUUUAUGGCCUUUCUACAGGGAUGAUUGUUAUAAAAUUUGGAACUUUAGAGUCAAAGCUAGUGAGAAAUGUAUAUUCCAGAAAAUAUGGAAGGCAAGAAAAGGUUCCAAAAUAAAAUUCUCUCUGUCAGAGC